AGAGAGAGAGAGAGAGAGAGAGAGAGAGAGAGAAUACAGAGAAAGAAGAAGAAGAAGAAGAAGAAGAAGAAGAGAAGAGAUGGCUUCAUUCAUUGACAUGUCGAGGGUUCCUUUCAUCCCUGGGAGGUUGCACGCGACGAACAGCCCUUACCAGAGAUACGGUCCAAAGGGUUUCAUGGAAAUCAAGGUCCUUGGCAACGACAGCCUCUACGUCCGCGUCGACUUGCCCGGAGUUCCAGACGACGCCAUCCGCUACAGAGUCGACGCCGUGAGACAAAAGCUCGUCUUUUUCUCCGGUGAAGAAACUCUCCGCGACGGCGUCAAGGCUGAGGACGUUCGUGAGUACUCUGGAUCCGCCGGUCUCGGCUGCGACUGCUGCGAGAUCACCGGGGUUGAUGCCAAGAUGAAAGAUGGAGUCUUGAGGAUGAUUGUGUCAAGGGUCAAAGUCAAAGACCACGACAACAAGUGUACCCACUUUGUGCCUCCCAACGCAGGCAAAUCUGGAAGAUACGGUUACCAACGAUCAUCUGAUGAAAGAUACCUAUACGAUCAGGGGCGGAGCCACAUGGUGAGUAGGGGUGGCGGAUGCCCCGGAUGAUUUUUAUAAACUCUAUGUAAAAUUUUGAUAAUGAUCUUCAUGCCCCGGUUGAUUCUUUAAAGAAUUUUGAUAUGCCUCCCAUAACAUUCAUCUCUAGAUCCGCCCCUGUAUACGAUGUGAGAUCAUUCAACAUGGAGGAUAUACUGGAGGAUCAUCCCUUUGUGGUGAAAGGUCGCAAGGAUGUACUCGCUCGCCAGCGGCGAACGUCUGACGGAUCUUUCCACUUUUCAGUGGAUAUGCCAGGUGUUUGCAGUGACGACAUGUUCGUGCUUCCCAACGAGAACUAGACAAGUUCUACGGUGGUGAGAACAAGGAGGUCUACGACCACGACGAGAGUUGCCGCAUUUUCCUCGGAGCCGUCGACAAGACAUCAUGUUGUUCCUCCUAUGGGAUUCCUCUUUUGAGCCACGAUAUCGCUUGGGAUGUAGAGUUUGGUGUUCUCAACAUCCGUGUUUCACCACCUCCUCCUUGCAACAACAACAAUGUUGGGGAUGGAUUGUCGCCAUCCACAAGGCCCAGCGAACAGGAGGCCCAUUACUGUCAUUCAAAAGAUGAUCGGCUUGAAGCCGGCUCCCGACGAGCCGAGACUCGGCUCAUGACUGCUUUAGCUAGGAAACGAGCAGCUGAAGAGAGCGAUCAAACGGCUCGGGCCGAACAAUCGUUCCGAUUGGGUCUGCAAGUCAAAAGGCCCAUAACAAAGAGGAUGGAUUAGGUCAGAGCUAACCGACCUAAGAGACUAUAUAAGGAGUUGAGGACAAGAAGGAAGGGGAUGACCACUUAGACACACAGACUUGCGGCUAGAUUAUGGUUUCCAUUACUCUCUUUGUAUCUCGCCGCUUUCUUUGUACUUCCGGCUAGGAGCUUUCCGAGCAUCGACUAGCCGGCUUUCUUACUCUUGUACCCUCGUUAUUCCGACUCUAAUAAAACGUCUCUGUUCAUCCCACUCUUGAGUUCUUUUACUUUCUGUUGACCAAACUCACCUCAAACAAUU